CUGCUAAACUAUAUAAAUCACCUCUGUGGGAGUUUGGAAACAAGGUGCAGCGACCUGCAGGAGAAGAGCGAACUGAAGAAUCUCUGACAAACCACCUGUGGCUGCAACUAGUACCCGGAACCUCCAAAGUCUCCUCAAAAUGGCCUUCAUGCUUAAACCAUGGACAGUCCUGGUGGUGGUCGUUCUGUGUGUGCUGGUGUGUCUGGGAACGCUGGCGGACGCCUACCCUCCCAAACCCGAGAACCCCGGUGAAGACGCCCCCCCAGAGGAGCUGGCCAAGUACUACACCGCCCUGAGACACUACAUCAACCUGAUCACCAGGCAGAGGUAUGGAAAGCGUUCAGCUCAGGAGGACGUGGUUGCAGAGCUGCUGUUUGGUGGCGACAGCAACAGAGACCUGAGAUCAAGAUACGACGACUCCUACGUGUGGUGACUCCGCCGCCCUCCUCCAUCCUCAUCGGGCAUUCCCUCCGGCUGCGUCCCAGAAUGCACCUGGAGGGGCCGACAUGUGCCUCUCACCUCUGGCUCCUGAACUCGCCAUCAUCUCCGUCCAGAAACACGAGCUCCCCGUCCGCCUCACAUCUCCGUCAUAACAACACAAACUGUACAUAAUUUAUUAUGAAAGUAAAAUAUAUCUGAGAUCAGAGCUACUAAUCAGACGUUGGACCUGUGUCGGCGUGUGUGUGUGUGUGCGUGUGUGUGUGAGCAUUAAUAUCCUUCUACCGUCCGUCAGCUGUUUAGAACAGGAAGUUGUCGUUUCGCUGUUGCUGCUGUAAAAGGUAACAUCAGAAUACAUGAAUAAAAACGUUUUCUGUGAGAUAAAAAUA